AUGGCGUCUGCUGUGGACAGCAACACCGCCUGCUCCCACCCGCUCGGCGGAACGGUAAGCAAGGCACUGUUGAUUGUCACGCCCGCCUUCGCUCGCAGGCAAGACUUUGUGCAGUACCUCAAGUAUAAGCUCUACGAUGCCGGCUUCAUCGUUGUGCGUGAGGAGCUGCGCCUGUUGAACUGCGAAAUUGCGGAGAAGAUGGCCAUUGAGCUGGACCGGCCCCUUGUACCUCCUGCACAGACGGUGACUGAUGGUGCGCGGACGUCAACCGGCUUUCCCGCAUCACUGCUGCCGGCGGCGCAUGACCUGGUAGGCACGGCGUAUGUUUUUGUGUUGGCUCGCACAAAGUGCCAUGAGCUGCUGCAGUCCUUCAUCGAGACACAGCUGUGCGGCGAGGACGCCGAUGUGCUGGACGCGUUCCUGGGGGCGCAUCAUGUGCAGGGUCGCAAGCUGCCCCUCUGGACCUCGCUGACGGCAAACGGCGCGAAGAAGUCCGUCGCGUUGCUGUUCCCUCGCAUGCUAGCCGAGGAUGUGCCGACGUCAGCCGUGUCGCGGGAGUACGUGCAGGCAAAUCUGAAGCAGGCGCUGGUGCCCACCUUGGCGGCUCUGGCCAAGCAGAAGCCGGAGAACCCGCUGCGGUGGCUGGCGAUGCGGCUGCUCACAAACAACACGCAGGACCCGCCGAUGAUUUCGAGCCCUUCCUAG